ACGACCAUAGAAAGUCGCUCUCCAGACUUCUUCUAUUCCGCCUCGUUUUCCUCCUCCUCCUUCUCCCAUGGCCGUGCCGGAUUUUCGCCUCGCUGGUGCGAUUCUCGGCGAACCCUAAGCUCGCCGAACCGCGCAGGCGAAUUCAGCAAACAAGAAGGCGAACAGUGUUGAUGUUUGAUGGAUAAUGAUCGUACAGAUGGAUAGCACGCCUGCUCCAUCCUGGGAGCGUGCACGUCGUCUUUAUGAAAAGAACAUUGAGUUGGAUAAUAGGCGUCGUAAGUCUGCCCAGGCACGGAUUCCAUCUGACCCGAAUAUAUGGCAACAGAUGCGUGAGAACUAUGAAAAGAUAUUCCUUGAGGAUCAUUCAUUUUCUGAGAAGCACAAUAUCGAGCAUGCUCUGUGGCAAUUGCAUUACAAGAAAAUUGAGGAAUUGAGAGCUCACUAUACUGCUGCUCAAGCAUCGGCUAAUUCAAAUGCAUCACCGAAUGGGAAAGGACCCUCCACUCGACCGGACCGAAUAACAAAAAUAAGGCUGCAGUUUAAGACUUUUCUCUCCGAAGCAACCGGGUUCUAUCAUGAUCUGAUCUUGAAAAUCAGAUCAAAGUACGGUCUGCCUCUUGGUUACUUCACUGAGGAUGCAGACAAUGGACUUUUGUAUGAGAAAGAUGGAAAAAAAUCUGCUGAUGUGAAAAAAGUUUUAAUAUCCUGUCACCGUUGCUUGAUUUAUUUGGGUGACCUUGCACGUUACAAAGGUCUGUAUGGAGAACCGGACUCGAAAGCUCGUGAGUUUGCAGCAGCUUCCAGUUACUAUCUCCAAGCUGCAUCUCUUUGGCCGUCUAUUGGGAACCCCCAUCAUCAGCUUGCUAUAUUAGCUUCUUAUUCUGGGGACGAUUUGGUAACUAUUUACCGAUAUUUCCGGAGUUUGGCUGUGGAUAGCCCAUGUUCAACAGCAAGGGACAACUUGAUUGUUGCCUUCGAAAAGAAUCGUCAGAGUUACUCUCAACUUCAUGGAGAUGCUACUAAAACUUCUACGGUGCGGUCUGCUGGAAAAGGAAGGGGACAGCAAGCCAAGGUUGGAUCUAAAGACACUGUUGCUGAAGCUGCAACUUUCAAGGAAAGUAAAGCCAACAGCCAUGAUACCCACAAAUCACUUUGUAUCCGCUUUGUGCGACUAAAUGGGAUUCUGUUCACUCGAACAAGCUUGGAGACCUUUGCGGAAGUCCUUUCUUUGGUUGUCACUGGUUUAUGUGAUCUUCUGUCUUCUGGGCCAGAAGAGGAGAUGAAUUUUGGAAAAGAUGCUUUCGAGAAUGGACUUUUCUUUGUCAGAAUCGUGGCUAUUCUUAUAUUUACCAUUCAUAAUGUGAAACGUGAGAGCGAAGGCCAGACUUAUGCAGAACUAGUUCAGCGUGCUGUGCUGCUUCAAAAUGCAUUCACUGCAGUUUUUGAGAUCAUGGGGCAUGUCAUGGAGAGAUGUGAACAAGUUCAUGAUCCUUCCUUGAGUUAUCUCUUACCUGGCAUUUUGGUUUUUGUAGAAUGGUUGGCAUCUUAUCCUGACGUUGCCACAGGUGGCGACGAGGAUGAGAAGCAAGCAACUGCUAGAUCAAAUUUCUGGAGUUAUUAUGUCUCUCUUAUGAAUAAGCUCUUGUCAAUGGGGUUGAUGUCCAUAGAUGACUUUGAAGAUGAAAGUUGUUUUGGUAACAUGAGCAAAUAUGAAGAAGGAGAAACUGGAAACUGGCUUGCUUUGUGGGAAGAUUUUGAGUUAAGAGGAUUUCUGCCUCUUGUUCCUGCACAAACCAUUUUAGAUUUUACAAGGAAGCAUUCUUUUGGAAGUGAAGGACACAAGGAAAAAAGUGCUCGCAUGAAAAGAACUCUUGCCGCAGGGAAAGCGCUUGUUGGUGUGGUUAAAAUCAAUGACAAAACGGUUUUGUAUGACUCAAAGGCAAAGAAAUUUGUUAUUGGUGUUGAGUCUCAAAUGUCAGGAGAAGACCUCAUUCCUCCCAUUUCUAAUGUUCCUAAGACAAAUGAUCUGGUGCUAGAAAAUGGAGGACAUACUUCUGUAAAAUUUGUAGAACCUCUCUCGAAUUCUCAGCUAUAUGUGGAAGGGGAAGACGAGGAUGAAGAGAUUGUUUUUCAGCCUACAGCAAUAGAGAAGCAAACGGAUACUGCUGUUCAAAAUUUCGUUCCUUUGGGGAUGUUGGAGCCCCAUAAGACUGACUUGGGAACUCAUCAACCCUUGUCAAUUGCUUCUACAUCGGCACCUCUUGAUAAUUUUCUUCAUGUGACUACUUCAGAUGCUUUUUCAUGGAACCCCAUUUCUGCUGGUAAUCUGCAACCUAUCAAUUCACAUACUUCAAAUUGGUUGACAGAAGAAACUUUAUUGUCCAAUAGCUUCAAAGAUCUAAGGAUGCAAGGGAAUGGGUAUCUUGCACAACCUGAGAUCAAAGAGAGCACUGUCAACUUUUUUCCUGUGGCCCAUUCAGUUUCCAUCAAACAGCCUGCUGUUAAUAGCAAUGGUUUUUUUCUGAAUCAGGCAAAUGCUCCAGAAGCUGUGGUUCCUUCAUCCGGAUAUAAUGCUUCCAAUUCUUCGGGAGUGAGUGUUGAUGCUUUGACUGUGAAACCAUCAUCUGCUUUUCCUGUAGGUUUGAAGAAGAAUCCCGUUGCUCGGCCCCACAGACAUCUUGGUCCUCCCCCCGGUUUUAAUGCUGUUCCCAAGCAAACCCAUGGACCCAUAUCGGGUUUAGACUUGACUGGUCAGAAUCAAAUGUUGGAUGACUAUAGCUGGUUGGAUGGGUAUCAGAUAUCUUCAGCUAUCAAGGGCAUCGGGAAUAAUUCCAUAAGUUAUCCAUCUCAUCCAAACUCCCCACAGAUAACUAGCAGUGCUGCUUCAGUUGGGACAGUCAGCUUCCCAUUUCCUGGAAAGCAGGUCCCUACAGCCCACCAAAUGGAAUUUCAGAAAGGCUGGCAAGAUUAUGAGAGUUUGGAGCCUCUAAACCUACAACAUGAGAAGCAGAUGCAGCAACCUCAGCAAAUAAUUGACGGGAACCCGCAUCUUGGUCCUUUGCCAGGGCAGUACCAAGGAUCAUGGACAGGUCGUCAUCUUGUGUGAGGUCAAUGUGACAGCAUCUUGUGGAAUGAUAUUGGUGAAUACCCUCACCCUUCUUCUGCCCUAUUAAACUCCAGUUAGGUGGACCUGUCAAUGCUAAGUUUGUGUUGGAGAAUGGGUGGCUUUGGCUUUUAGAUGGGAAGUUGUACUUAGCAAUUGCACAGUAAACCAAGCUUUGAAGCAGAAGUUGAUCUUGAGGAAGUUGGACUUAUUUAAAAUGCCAGGUUUUUAUGCGGUGCAUCUUCUGGUAAUCAUGGUGAAGAUAUGUUGGAUAGCGAGAUCAUCAGUUGUUGGGGCUUCUUAUAUAAUCUAAAGAGUCGAUGGAGUAUGGAUGGGGUGCCCGCUGUUCGACUACCUUGUCAUGACGGCUUCUGUCCAAUGGAAUGUGAUGAGUUUUGCCAUCUCUCUGGUGUUGUCAGCUUCCAACGUGGGAUGCAUUAUAUUGGAUCGGCCUGUCAGAAACUAGAGAGCUCCAGUUACGACUCUGGUUCUGGUCUAUGACGAUGCUAUUUGAUGAGGAUAAUGCCAUGAAGAGUGAUGUGAUGUGGUCAAGUCUGAGCAAAUUGAUGUGUCUGGAACUGAGUAUGUGCAGUUCCAUAUGCUUUAGCGGUCUGAAGAAUGAGAUAGAAGACUUUAAGUUAUUGCGUAAGUUGAAGUCAGCUUGAGCUUCAACACAAUAAAGUAAUGGUACUUUCUUCUUUCUAGCGUCGGCCCGUGUCUUCUCUUUGGUGACAUCCGGUAAAAUAUCGUCGGGCCGUUGUUGCGUCAGCGUCAUGCUUUUCUAUGGAUAUUGUUGUCAUAGAUUUGGUUUGACAUGAACUUUCUUAUGUUGAAUUCGAUACUCUGAUGGUCUACCCUUUAGAUUCCUAUUUGGUCUGGGAACAGGUCUCGUGCUUCUCAAUGUGUUGUUAGUGCGUGCAACGUGCUACGAUGGUUUUUAGCCUGUUCUCCAAUUUUCUCUAUUUUCUACGAGUAA